AUGGCUCUUCUUACGCGCUCGUGCUGCAUAUGCUCCUUGAAGACCGGCGCUCGCUACGUCGGCAUCUUCUACAUCGCCGUCCGAGCGUUCAUGCUCCUGCUGUACAUCACAAUCCUGCAAGAUCCCAAGGGCUGGAAGGAUUUGACGAAUGACAAAUACACGGCGUUCUACGAUCUGCUUAUCCUGCUGAGCUGCGAGUGCGUCAUUAAUAUCGUUGUCAGCGUCAUCCUGUUCGCAUCGACAGUAAAGACUAAACGUUACCUGAUAUUACCUUGGCUCAUGUGGAACACCAUCGGUGUACUCGUAGUGAAGGUAAUAUGCCUCCACCUGGUCACCGAGUAUUACCACCUGGACCACGCUGAAGCUCUGACGUUCGGUAUUAUCUUCACGGUGGCGACAAUCUCGCAGAUCUACUUUGUGUGCAUCGUGGCCUCGUUUUACCAGGAAUUGGAAUCGCCGCACAAUCCUAGUCUGUACGACGAUAUGGACAACCAGCAGGACAUCGACACGACCAGUCUGUUUUCCAUGAGGAUGAAUUGAAAUCGCCAGUGAACUCGCUUCGACCAGUGACGC